AUGCCUGACGCUGCUGUAUUGCAAAAUAAGAAAGAUACUAUCAAGAUUGUGGUCCUAGGUGCUGCGGGUGGGAUUGGCCAAUCACUAUCGCUGUUGAUUAAGUCACAACUAUAUUAUAUGGUGAAAACCGAGAAGAGACUUCAUCUAGCACUAUACGAUAUCAAUAAAGAUGCUAUUGCUGGUGUAGUCGCCGAUAUGUCUCAUAUUGAUACACCAAUAACUAUAUCUGCACAUUAUUCAGAUUCACAAGACCCUAACGAAAGUUUGAAAGCAUGCUUAACGGAUGCAUCUAUUGUAUUGAUCCCUGCGGGAGUGCCAAGAAAACCAGGGAUGACAAGAGACGAUUUGUUUAAAAUAAAUGCUGGAAUUGUAACACAACUGACCGAUUCUAUUAUUGAAUAUUGCGAUUUAAAGAAACUUUUCAUUCUUUUAAUUUCUAAUCCAAUCAACUCUUUGAUUCCAGUUAUAUUGAAUAGAUUCAAAAAUUCUAACGUUGUUGAUUCAAAUAUUGAAAAAAGAUUAUUCGGUAUUACUACUUUAGAUUCGACAAGAGGUGCGAUAUUUUUAAAGGAUAUGCUUAAUGAUUUAAAAAUUUCAAGUGGAUUACAACUGAUGGAAAUGCCACAUGUUCCUGUGAUUGGAGGUCAUUCCGGAGACACUAUUAUCCCAGUAUUCUCUCAAUGUUCUGCUGCUGAUAAUUUAUCACAAGAUCAAAUUUCUCAUUUAAUCCAUAGAAUUCAAUAUGGUGGUGAUGAAAUCGUGAUGGCUAAAAAGGGCAAAGGUUCUGCUACAUUAUCUAUGGCUCAUUCUUCAUUUAAAAUGUUAAUUAAAUUCAUUGAUUUAUUAUUAGGGAAUUCUAAUGAUAUUACAAUCACAUCGUACAUAUCAUUAACAACUCUAGAUGAUAAUGAAAUUGCUACUGGUGGUAAAGAAUUAAUGUCGAGAAUUAAUAAUUUGAAAUAUUUCGCUAUUCCAACUGUAGUAUCAAUUGAUGGUAUUAAGGAAAUUAAAUUUAAAAUUAUCGAUUAUUUAAAUUAUAAUGAAUUUAAUGAGUUAUUACCAAUCUGUUUAGAAAAUUUAAAUUCAAAUAUAAUCACAGGUGAAUCAUUUCCAAAAUAG